AUGAAGUUCUUCGCUUUGAGCCUUCUCUUUGCCAGCUCGGCCAUGGCCGGACAGAUUCUGUUCUGCAACCAACAAGAUUGUGGUGGUAGCUGCAGCUUCCAAAGUCCUGCUGGCAAUGGUGCCUGCAUCCAACUUGGCGGCAUCUCGAGUGCCAAGGCGACUCAAGUCGAUUCCGGUUGCAGCUUUGGCCUUGACAGCUGUGUUGCUGCUCCUAUCUUGGGCUCCUACUCUUACGAUUGUUAA